AAUUAGGUUUGAACAACAUAGUUUGAAGAACAUAGUUUGAAGCAUGCACUCCAAACAAACUUCUAGUUUUUAAAGGUAGUGGUGAUAUAUGACCGACCUUUCAUGAUCAUAUUUUGCCGACCAAGUUGACCAUUUUUGUUAGCAUUGCCAAACACAAAAAGCCUCACAAAUCCUUGUGGGAAGUGAAGAAAGUGAAGCCCCGCCCACGUUCAAAAGGAACUUUUCUUUUUCCAUUACAUUUUCAUCCAAUUUUGGAAGCCAUCUUAGAUUCUUAUGCCACAAAGUUCUUGAAAAGUAAUGUUAUGAUCAUUCCCAGUUAACCCACCAAACACACUGUCCUGUUUCUUCUUCUUCUUCUUCAUUCCUUCCAUUAAUGGAUUUCAAGAGAACCCCUUUUCUUUUUAUCAUCUUCUUCAUCAUCUUAACUCCCCAAACUCUGUCCUCACACGAGAAGUUUGAAGCUUGUGCUCCAAAAUCCUGUGGGAAAGGUCCGAAUAUCAGCUACCCUUUCCGGGUAGCUCAUUCGCACAGCCCCUUCUGUGGACUCCCUACCUUUGAUAUCACCUGCAGACAUGAAUACCCAGUUAUCAAAAUUUCAGAAGAGGAUUAUAUCAUCAGAGAGAUCUCCUAUCAAACCCACUCUUUUCUUGUGGCAUAUGCUGCGUUUUACGACCUCAAAUGCCCUACUCCUCAAAUGCCCUGCGGUUUACGCACUCCGGAUCAUAUUGGCUUCUUCUUCUUUUACAACUGCACUUCCCUUCCUCCCAAGUUCAGCUACCCAAUUCAUUGUUCAAACACACCCAAACUCCAUUCUUUUGCCGCUUUCCACGAUGGAUUUGUGGAGCUUAUGAACUUCUCUGUCGAUUCUUGUCAAUCCUCGGUAGAGGUGCCUAUAGACAUUCCUAAUCAGGACGAUGAUUUCUCUGGGUUGUUGAGGAAGAGUUAUUCCGAUGUCUUGAAGAUGGGUUUCACUCUAAAUUGGAGUGCCCAAAAUUGUAGCAAUUGUGAGACAAGUGGUGGGCGAUGUGGGUUUGAAAGCAACGAGUUUGUUUGCUAUUGUCCUGAUGGACCUCAUCUACAAACCUGCAAACAGGGUAACUUUCUAGGAAAUAAAUCUUGCUCUGGCUCUUGCUCGAAUCUUAGCUCUGUUCUUCUAUUUCUUUUGAUAAACAAUCUUUCCUAACGAUUUGCU